UCCAGAACUUUCCACACGCAUCCUUCGCUCAAUUUCCGCCUCAUAAAAGAACGCCCUCCCAACAAAAACCCUAAACCCUAGAGCUCAAAACCCUCCCCGUGUUUCCCCUUUCGAGUUCUUCGUCUCUGUGCGUGUUGUUCUAAUCACAGCAUCUGCCAUGGCCACCGCCGCGUUACUCCGUUCCCUACGACGUCGUGACAUCGCAUCGGUCCCUCUCUGUGCCUACCGAUCCUUGAAUAGCCCUUCUAAUUCAUCGCAUCUUGUUCAAAAAUGGGGAAGCUUGGCAAGAACUUUCAGUUCCAAACCUGCUGGAAAUGAUGUUAUUGGCAUUGACUUGGGUACUACCAACUCAUGUGUGGCUGUGAUGGAAGGAAAGAACCCCAAAGUCAUUGAGAAUUCUGAAGGAGCUCGAACCACACCAUCAGUGGUUGCUUUCAACCAGAAAGGAGAACUAUUGGUUGGUACUCCAGCAAAACGUCAAGCUGUCACAAAUCCCACAAACACAGUUUUUGGAACCAAGCGUCUGAUCGGUAGGCGCUUUGAUGAUCCCCAGACGCAAAAGGAAAUGAAGAUGGUUCCAUACAAGAUAGUGAAAGCUCCAAAUGGAGAUGCUUGGGUUGAAGUCAAUGGUCAGCAGUACUCCCCAAGCCAAAUUGGAGCCUUUGUCCUAACAAAGAUGAAAGAGACUUUCAAUGAUGCGCAGAGGCAAGCAACAAAGGAUGCUGGCAGAAUUGCUGGUCUAGAUGUACAGAGAAUCAUAAAUGAGCCUACUGCUGCUGCACUUUCCUAUGGUAUGAACAACAAGGAAGGGCUAAUAGCUGUGUUUGAUCUUGGUGGUGGAACAUUCGAUGUAUCCAUUCUGGAGAUAUCCAAUGGCGUUUUUGAGGUGAAAGCAACAAAUGGCGACACAUUCCUGGGAGGAGAGGAUUUUGACAAUGCAUUGCUGGACUUCUUGGUGAGUGAAUUCAAGAGGACUGAGGGGAUUGAUUUGGCAAAGGAUAGGCUUGCCUUGCAGAGGCUUAGGGAGGCAGCUGAGAAGGCGAAGAUUGAACUUUCAUCAACAUCACAAACUGAGAUUAACCUUCCCUUCAUUACAGCUGAUGCUUCAGGUGCUAAGCAUCUGAACAUCACAUUGACCAGAUCCAAAUUUGAAAGUCUGGUAAAUCACUUGAUUGAGAGGACAAAGGCUCCAUGUAAGAAUUGUCUGAAGGAUGCUAAUACAUCAAUUAAGGAUGUCGACGAGGUCCUUCUUGUUGGAGGGAUGACACGUGUUCCCAAAGUGCAAGAGGUCGUUACACAAAUAUUUGGCAAGAGCCCAAGCAAAGGAGUGAAUCCUGAUGAGGCUGUUGCUAUGGGAGCUGCCAUCCAAGGUGGUAUCCUUCGUGGUGAUGUUAAGGAGUUGCUUCUUCUUGAUGUCACUCCUCUAUCGCUGGGCAUUGAAACAUUGGGUGGAAUCUUCACCAGGUUGAUUAGCCGCAACACAACAAUUCCAACAAAGAAGAGUCAGGUAUUUUCAACCGCAGCUGACAACCAAACUCAAGUGGGUAUCAAGGUGCUACAAGGAGAGCGUGAGAUGGCUUCUGACAACAAGAUGUUGGGAGAGUUUGAACUCGUGGGCAUUCCACCAGCACCAAGGGGCAUGCCUCAGAUUGAAGUCACCUUCGAUAUUGAUGCCAAUGGUAUUGUCACUGUUUCUGCCAAGGACAAGGCCACCAGCAAAGAACAGCAGAUUACCAUUCGCUCGUCUGGAGGGCUUUCUGAAGAUGAGAUUGAGAAGAUGGUCAGGGAAGCCGAGCUACAUGCUCAGAAAGAUCAAGAGAGGAAAGCUCUAAUUGACAUCAGAAAUAGUGCCGAUACUACCAUCUACAGUAUCGAGAAGAGCUUGAAUGAGUAUCGUGACAAGAUCCCAAGUGAAGUUGCCAAAGAAAUUGAGGACGCAGUUGCAGAAUUGAGGACGGCAAUUGGAGGGGACAAUGCUGAAGAAAUUAAGGCCAAGCUUGAGGCUGCAAACAAAGCUGUUUCUAAGAUUGGGGAGCACAUGUCACGUGGUUCAGGCGGUGACUCUUCUUCCGGUGGACCAGGGACAGAGGGUGGAGACCAAGCUCCCGAGGCAGAUUACGAAGAAGUGAAAAAGUGAGUGCCCGAGCAGUAAUUGAGUUUACUUAAUUCACUGUCAAAGAUGAAGUUCUAAAUUUUUAUUUGCCCAUAAAACCUCACCUCUUUUGGUUUUGUAUCUAAGUGUUGGGAGUUUAAAUGUAUUAGGGAAGCACGAUCUACUUCCUCUGCCCUUUUUUCAGUACAUUUUUAGUUGAGAUUUUGUGGUAGUCAUUAAUCACCGGUAUUUCUUCUGGUAAGUUAUCCAUGAGAGGGAUUAUGCCUGGUUUUGUCCAGGCAGGACGGACUAAUUUUAGCUGUUCAAAGUUUGAAUAAUGAAAUAGGUUCAGAAUUCGGAAUAGCA